AUGGGGACUCUUGAUCAGCCGCCAGUAGGAGCUAGGAACAUGCAAGAUUUGAUUUGGGGCAAGGAUGUCGCCAUCAAAGUCAUUCCCAAGGCAAAGAGACUAGGUCAUAUUGAUGCAGUUCUCAGUGCUAUAUUACUGGAGAGUGAUUUCAGUUUUUGUAUGCUGAAGGCACUGUUAUGUAGUGUAGGGAUAGUCUGUGAUCAUGUUAGAACUGUCGAAAAUGGAAGUUUUUCUCAUUUGCACAAUGACUCACGACCAUAUUACAACAGUGCAUCAUUGCCUUCAAUGCCACCCAAAGUCUCAGGCAUGUCAGCGGAUUCUUAUGUCCAUAUUGUCCAAGCCCAGGUCGACAUGGCAUUUGAAAGAUUUGAUUCAGCUGUUGCGCUGGCUGAGAAGACUUGGCUUAUUGAUCGUGUUAACUCAGAGGUUGAAGUGAUCCUAAAUAACGGAAAGGACCUUUCUAAGGCAGGCAAGUUUGCUGAAGCAUCAGUAGCCUAUGGUGAAGGGCUGAAAUAUGAGCCCUCAAAUCCAGAACUAUACCUAUUAAUUGUUAGGUCUUCUCACCUUGCUUUGUUAUGUUACUGCAUCUUAUGA